CGGAUAUAUUUCAAGGACGGACUACCCGGUGCUGCACCAUUUACUGUCCGUCAAGACAAGUUGACGCCAAGCUAAUACCUUAAAUUAGUUUUCCAGUGUUAUUAUUUUACAUGGAGAGCGUGGAACAUGAAGAUACCAAAGCAAAUGCUCCUUCAGUUAUCGACCGAUAUUACACCCGCUGGUACAGAGCCGACAUGAAGGGAAAGCCAUGCGAGGACCAUUGCAUCUUACAGCAUUCAAACAGAAUAUGUGUCAUCACUUUGGCAGAGACUCACCCAAUUCUACAAAACGGACGCACAAUCAAAUGCAUCAAUUACCAGAUCAGUAAUGGCUGCAGUCGGCUGAAAAAUAAAGUCUCUGGGAAGUCCAAGCGGGGGGGACAGUUCCUUACUGAUUUUGCACCGUUAUGCAGGAUAACAUGCACAGAUGAAACAGAGUAUACAAUCUACAGCUGCAUUCGGGGCCGUCUUCUGGAAGUCAAUGAGAACAUUUUAGAAACUCCAAAUCUCUUGCUGGAAAAGCCGUCCACCGAAGGAUACAUCGCCGUCAUCCUGCCAAAGUUUGAAGAGAGCAAGAGCAUCACAGAAAAUCUUCUAAACAGAGACGAGUUUGAGAACAUCAUCUCCAAACGCAGCUCUGCCCAGUCCCAACCAUCUUGACAGUUCCCCACAUUCCUGCCUUAUUCAAGCCCGUUCUAUUGUGGGAGAGUUUCUUUCCCUCAUGCACUUAAAGUUAGAAGACUGAAAGACUUUUGUUUAUAAUGAAGCACUGUGUCUAGGUUAUUCUAUAUUUUUCAUUUAUUUUAAAAGUGUUUAACAUUUUUGUUUAAGGACCCAAGAAGCAGUCAUAUUUCAAGUAAUUUAUCUAUGCUUGGAUUUGCCGAUUUGAUAAAUAUAAUAAGGAACUAGUGGAACGCAUGAACAAUGGCUUGCAUUUUCUUGUUACAUACUGCAAAUAAUCAUGAGUUUGAAGUAUUUUUGUGGAAUAUAAAGAAAGACAAACAAUAAUUUAAGAAAAAUAUUGUUUAUUUUUUUGUGUCACUUUUAUUAACCUUUGAAUCGUCAAAAGAAUAGGUGGUCCAAAACUAUAUACGAUUUCAUCACAUCUCUAGCGACACUACGUUACCCAGCAUUCUUAGCUGCUCUCACACUGUACAGUGAUUCUCUAAAGCUUCCUGUGUGGUUAUACAUUUCAUUCAUUCUAACUCCCUCUCCUAGUACCAAAGUGAUUACCUCGGGAUACAUAUGCUUCAAGUACCAUGUAAUAUAUACCAUUUAAUACAUAAUGGUCUGUUAGGCAGCUUCACAAUGAUAGUCUUCAUAACAAGUACACUUCAAGGUUCCAUUUUACACGUGUGCCAGUUCAAACUUGUUUCAUUUCUUUGAGAGAAAGUAUGCCAUGUAGACUGGUUUGUAUAAUUCUCAGGACAAUAUAAACCGAGGUUCGAUCAAGUCGAGAAACCCAGCUUAAAUAAAAGUGUCUCCAUUAACACUGGAGGACUAGGUUUUAUAUUUUAUAACAGUAAGAAGACACAAGAACAAUCGUAUUUGGCAUUUAAGUUUUUUUUUUUUGCAUUUUCCUACUAGCAUGGCACAUGGGGAAUGUCGUACAAUAAUGGCUAUUAGACAUCCAUUGCAUGUUAUAUGGUGUGGUCAGCUUGUAAAACCUAAUGUAAAUGAGGUGCUCAAAAUAAUGCAAGUGAUCGUGGUGUACUGCUGUGGCGCACAUUACAAAGAAAGUGUCACAUUACAAGGCUGUGACCACAGGAGAUUCUAACACGGGGGUUUGGUGAUGACGGCGUCAUGCAUUGUGGAUCUUAAUUUGACUUUUUUUUUUCUUCUUUUUUUUUACAUAACUUGUGCAACACAAUUACAGAACACCACAAAACACAUAGGCUUGUCACACAGAGGCACAUAGUGAAGAUAGAUGUAUGGCUGAGCAUCAAGUGGAGUUCUCUCCUGACUUUUAAUUGGUUUAUUAAUUCAGAAUCAAGAAAAGAGCUUUACAAAAAAAAAAAAAAAAAAAUCAGGUUUGUGCCAGGCCUCACUUUUUUUGAAGACUUUUUUUUUUUUGUAUAGUAA